AUGGCGGCCUGCUGUCUGGUUCUCCGAGCUCUUUUCCUUGUCCUCUUACUUCAUCAGACAGAGCAGUCAGUAUUUCUUUCAGCCUCCAAAGCAAACGAAGUUCUGGUAAGAUGGAAGCGUGCUGGUGCCUAUCUUUUGGAAGAGAUGUUUGAGGGAGAUUUGGAAAAAGAAUGUUACGAAGAAAUCUGUGUUUAUGAAGAAGCAAGAGAAGUAUUUGAAAACGACUUAAUAACUGAUAAAUUUUGGAAAUGGUAUAUGGGUGGCAGCCAGUGCGCAUCCCAGCCUUGCCUGAACAACGGGUCAUGUCAUGACAGCAUUCGAAGUUACACCUGCAACUGCUCCUCUGGCUACGAAGGCAGGAACUGCGCCUACGCUAAAAAUGAAUGUUACCCAGAGAGAACUGAUGGGUGUCAACACUUCUGCCAUCCAGGACAGGAUUCCUACAUGUGCAGUUGUGCUAAGGGUUAUAAACUCGGUGCGGACGUAAAAUCAUGUAUUCCAAAGGAGAAGUGUGCAUGUGGACUCCUGGAUCUUGAAUGCUUCAUGACACUAAGGAAAAACUACCAGAAAAUUCAAAAUUUCCCUUGGCAGGUAAAAUUAACAAACUCCGAAGGAAAACACUUCUGUGGUGGUGUUCUAAUACAGGAAAAUUUUGUUCUGACAACAGCAAGGUGUUCACUCAUGUACAGAAAUAUUAGCGUGACAACAGGUAACAAUGACCCAGUGACAAUCCAGAUAAAGAAAAUGAAUGUGCAUAUGAGGUACGAUGAAGACACUGGGGAAAAUGACGUGUCGCUGUUAGAGCUGGAGGAACCCAUUCAGUGCCUCAGCGAGGGGCUGCCCAUCUGCAUACCUGAAAAUGACUUUGCAGAACACGUUCUAAUUCCAAGGAAAGUGGGCCUCGCCAGCGGCUGGACCGUCAAUGGGACUGAACUGGGCGACUCACUAAUGAAGUUGUCAGUUACACAGUUUGAUGGUGAGGAAUGUGAAAAGGCACUUAAUGUGACAGUCACGACAAGGACGUAUUGUGAGAAGAGUGAAUCCACAGCUGGGCAGUGGGUGGAGGGAAGCAUUGUUGUAAGAGAAUACAAAGGCACUUGGUUUUUGACAGGGAUUAUGUCCUCACCUCUAGAAGAGCAAGAACAGAUAUUUCUUUUCACUAAGAUUUCAAGAUACUCCCUCUGGUAUAGACAAAUAAUGAAAUAA